AUGAUCACUAUUGAAACAGUGUUUUCCAUUAAUAAUAAUAAUUUUAAUAUAUUAGAUUCAUCUCUUAAAAUUUCAAAGCAUCAGCUAGAGGUCCUGGAAUCAUUCGAACGCCAUGUGCGCCAUAUCUCACCUCUUCGUGACACUCCUCGUCGUUUCUCUAACUUGCUCUUACUCCUUCCACCUAUGCUGGCCAUAGCUCGUGACCUUAUCGAAGAUGUCCAACUAGCUAAGCUCUUUGGCCUAGCUUCCAUUGACAGAUUAAUGCAGGAAUUGUUAUUACCUCCAGACAGUUCUAACAUUGUAGAUAAACCAUCGUAGAG